GAUUACACUUGUAUACCACUUGUGCUUGUGGUAUGUUGUGCGUCUAGUUCUUCGUGUUAAAUGUAGCUGGUAGUCUUAGGUCUCAUUCAUUUUCUUUUUAAUUUCGUUGAGUUUUAUAAGUUUUAUUUAAAAAUAUGGCUAAGAGUAAGUUCCAGAAGAAGCAUAAACUCAUUUUCAUCAAGACAAAAAAGAAGCAGAGGAUAAAGCAAGCUUCAAGAAGUACAAGAUGUUCAAUCGAAGAUAUACCUAUUAAGGUACGUCAUUCGUUGCAUAGAAGACGAUCGAAUGCUCCAGUCGGGGCCGUGGCAAUGGUUACUAGUCCAAAUGUGGUGCUAAGUUCUCUCUAUAGAAGAGAUGCUGAUUUAAAAUACAUGGAUCAAGUGUUUACGUCCAAAGUUGAAAUCGGUCGCGGUAGCUUUGGAAAUGUGUACAAGGUAAUGUCUAGAGACGACCACAAUCAGUACGCUGUGAAAGUGACCAACGAUAAACGUUCCGUCGUGCAUAAAGGGGAAGCGUCUCGUAUGUUGAAAUUUCCCCCCCAUCAGCAUUGCAUCCAACUUGUCAAUGCGUGGGAAGAGGACUUUCGCAUUCACAUUCAAAUGGAAUUGUGCAAGAUUAGUUUAGAGGCUUUUCUAAAUGUGCAUUAUUCCGUUCCCGAGCGCCCCGCUAUGGAAAUUUUUCUAGACAUCGCUUUGGGCUUACAGCACCUGCAUGCUCACGGACUAAUUCAUUUGGAUAUAAAACCGUCUAAUAUAAUGAUUACGGAAACUGGUAUUUGCAAGUUGGGGGAUUUCGGACUGCUAGUCGACACUCGUGACCUAAGAAAUGAUAAGGUUGUAUCGUCUGAUCCAUCAGAGGGCGAUUCUAAGUAUGUGGCCAUGGAGGUCCUACGCCAAGAAAUCUAUACAAAGGCAGCUGAUAUAUUCAGUUUCGGUUUAUUAAUGAUGGAGACGUUGUCAGACGUGAACUUACCGAAAGGUGGUCCAGUGUGGGAACUGCUACGCUUAGGGCGAGAACCUACGUGCUAUCACAACCGCUCGGUCUCAAAUCGCUUGAGAUCUUUAUUACGAAAAAUGAUGCGGGUAGAUUAUAAAAACCGUCCUCAAAUAGGAGAAAUUUUACAACAUGUCUUAGUCCGUAAUGUGAUGAUUGCACGAGAAAACGGCAAUAGAAUCAAUAUAAUGGCCACCUGGGAGGCUGAUCUUGCAAUGCACCUCGUUAAUCUUCAACGUGCUGUGGAACGUGCGGCACAGAGAGAACAACAACGUGCAGCACGCGCUCUAGUACCUGAACCUCUUGGAAAUCUCCCUCCUCCGCUACACGAACCGAUGGAGGUUGGCCAGUUGCCGGCAUCGCCGAGAGUGCCUCUACAAGAGAUGCCUGUGCGAGAAGUGCAAAUAAUGCAGCAACCUGUGGUAAAUCCAAAGAGCCACAUUGUGCGCCGCUUGUUCUAGGCGUUUGUUGCUAGUAUUUAUAUUAUUUACUAUGAUCUCGUCAAUAUAUACAGUGAUAAGCAACAUAGUCUGAAAUCAGAGAAUUAUUUUUUUGUUUUGUUAUUUAUAUUGUUUCUCGUUCCUUAGUUUGCGUAUUUGAUUCCAAAUGUAUUUGUAGUUAUAGUAGUUAGUGUUUUGCUUUACAAAAGCAUUCAGUAUUAAUCCUGUUUCUCUAGUGACUACCAAAACCUUAAGUACAAAUGUAAGCAAUGACUUAGGUGUAGUACUGAAAAUCAAAUUCUAUUUCGUUAUAGUAGUUGGCAGUUGCAAUACUUAAAUGUAGUAGUUUAUCUAGGCUUUAAAGGGUCGUCGUUCUUGGCAUUAUUCGUUUGUUCCGGCCAUAUAUUUUUUUGUGUUUAUUAAAAAGGUUUUUGCAAGUA